AUGAGCACGGUAGCAGCGCAAGCCCCCGGCGACCGCCAGCCACCACAAGUCCAGCCUUGUAGGUACAAGGUUGGGAAGGUGCUCGGAGCAGGGUCCUACUCGGUCGUCAAGGAGUGCAUUCAUAUCGACACGGGGCGCUACUAUGCGGCCAAGGUGAUUAACAAGCGGCUGAUGGCCGGGAGGGAACACAUGGUGCGGAAUGAGAUUGCCGUCCUCAAAAAGGUGUCGAUGGGCCAUCAGAACAUCCUCACCCUCGUCGACUACUUCGAGACCAUGAACAACCUCUACCUCGUCACCGAUCUCGCACUUGGCGGCGAGCUCUUCGACCGCAUUUGCCGCAAGGGCUCGUAUUACGAAUCGGACGCCGCCGAUCUGAUCCGCGCCGUGCUUUCGGCCGUCGCCUACCUGCACGACCACGGCAUCGUCCACCGUGACCUAAAACCCGAGAACCUGCUCUUCCGAACCCCAGAAGACAACGCCGACCUCCUCAUUGCCGACUUCGGUCUCAGCCGGAUCAUGGACGAGGAGCAGUUUCACGUGCUCACCACCACUUGCGGCACACCGGGUUACAUGGCGCCCGAGAUCUUUAAGAAGACGGGCCACGGCAAGCCGGUCGACCUGUGGGCGUUGGGGGUCAUCACAUACUUUUUGCUGUGCGGCUACACGCCGUUCGACCGGGACUCGGACUUUGAAGAGAUGCAGGCGAUCCUUAACGCCGACUACAGCUUCACGCCGGUCGAGUACUGGCGCGGGGUAUCGGACAGCGCCAAGGACUUCAUCCGGCUGUGCCUGACGAUCGACCCGGGCAAGCGCAUGACGGCGCACGAGGCGCUGCAGCACCCGUUCGUGGCGGGGUGGGCGCGCGUGGCGGCGGCUGGCGGCGAGGGCGCCGACAAGGGCACCAACCUCCUGCCAACGGUCAAGAAGAACUUCAACGCCCGCCGCACGCUACACGCCGCCAUCGACACGGUGCGCGCCAUCAACAAGCUGCGCGAGGGCCAGGCCGGCGGUUUCAUGAACGGCAUCCGCAGCCGCGAGCCCGCCCGCGGGAACCCAGCCGCCAACGGCAACGGCAACGGCAACGGCAACAACGGCAACCAAGCCCAGGGCGGGGAGCGCAAAGAAAACCCCAACCAACAACAACAAGUCCAAGCCCCAAACCAGCCCCAAAGCCAAGCCCAAAGCCAAGACAGCGGUUACGACACCCAAACCCAAACAAACGACAAUGGUGCGGCCGCCCAUACCAACGGGCAUGCUCACGGAAACGGAAACGGAAACGGAACCGCCGACGGCGACGACGUCAACAUGGAGGACGCGCCUCCGCAGCCGCCCUCACACCUGCCGCCGUCGUAUGCGGUGCCCCCGAGCUUGCGGCCGGGCAGCGAGGCGAAUCGGGUGGUGGAGACGAGUAAGGGGCUGUGGAGUGGGGGUGGUGCUUCGAGGCGGUCUUGA